GCGAUGAAGUGUACUCUACUGUCUACUGCCGCUGUGUUUAUAUAUUGUUUAUAUGAAUAUUUGUUUUUAAAUAAUACUUAGUGCUUUUGGAAUGUGACUGGACGAAAACAUGUAUUUCUUAGGCGCAGUGUCUGCAAGUAUGCUGUUCUCAAGUCUGCUUCUUGUGACGAUAUCAUUUACUACUAGCGCUGUAGGAAACAAAUGUAAGACAUGCGUCAAAGUAAAUUCAGCUUGUUACAACGUAACACAUCUGUUUGAACUAGAAGCGCCUUUCAGAAACACCGUGGUGAUACAUAAAAUGGGAAUACUCAGGUCAAGAAAUGUGUUGUACUUCAGUUUUGAACCGGCACUUGAAGAUUUAGAAUACAACAAAAUAGGUUUUGUUAGUUUAGACAAUCCCGAAGAAAGGGGUAUAAUUUCUGGCAAUAAAAUUAUGAACUUCGGCACAUUUGAUGUGGAUCAGAUUAACGAAAUCAUUUACUUAGGUGGUAGCGAUGGCAUUUUCGUUUUAGAAACGAAAGAAAAUAUCUUGGCAUUCUUCAGUUCUAGAGGCGAUUCAAUACAGAAUAUAUUUUACAAAGGUAAUGUGUAUUUCGUUAUAACUGGCCAGAGUAAAAUAACAAGAAAGAAAGGAGAUAACUUCGAAGCGUAUUUAGAAAGUGAACGAAUUAAAAACUUCGUCAUAACUAAGAACGAUGUUAUUGUUUAUUUAAGUAUACUUGGUUUGUUUGUUACUAAAAGGAAUGAAACUGUACAUUUAUCUAAUAAUCCAUUUUUUAGAGGGUUAACUAUUGAUUUAGAUGACGUUGUUUAUACUUGGUGGGUUGAUGGAAUCUAUAGAGUGAAUAUAGCAAAGAAUUUAACUGAAUCUUACAUAAACAGAGUAGUAUACCUAACUACAAUAGGUUCUUUAGUCUUUGAUAACGAUAACAACGUUUUAUUUACGUCGGAUAAAGGUUUAUAUGCACUUACAGAAACUAAUUUAACGACAAUUUGUUAAAUAA